UCUUCUUAAAACCCACCUUUUCUCCUUGGCUUUUAACACCUAGCAAGACAGUUGUGCUUAUUUUAUCCUUUUAUUAGUAUUUUAUUCUUUUAUCUUCUAUUUUAUCCUUUUUAUUCACUUAACUUAUGAUUGUUUUAUUUAUGUGCCCUGUGCCUUAUGGUGUGUUGUCUUUCAUUUGCCUGUCCAGCACUUUGGACCAUGUUGGUCCAAGGCUUUGCUCAGCUCCUUAACAAGGAUUAUUCUACCCAUACUGGCAUCACAACAACCACAACCUAUGACGCCGUCGGUGCUGCUGCUGUCGGCUCUGCUGGCUCUGUCCUCCGCCAGCCUGCCGGACAUCGUGAAGAGGAACGUCGUGAAGAGGAGCGUCGACUCAGAAGGAGACCUGGAGUGGCUGACGUGGACUGGCGGGCUGCCCAACGGCGCCGUGUCCAUCUACAACGACAACACUCACCGCAGAGACUACGUCUGCAAGGCUGGCUGUGAGGCUGGCUGUGAGGCUGGCUUCUACAGCCCAGACCUGGGCUCUUACUGCCGCUACCCCUAUGGAGGCCACGAGUACAAAGCCACCAUGUUCCAGAUCCUGGCCAACAAGGACAACAUUGAGUUCCUGGAGUGGAAAAAAAGUUCCCACGGCUGGGUGCCGAAGGACUCGAUCCAGACCUGCCCGGGCGUCGACAUCUACGUCGCAAAGAACAAGUACGGCCUUGGGAAGGUGCAUCGCCGCCACGGGUCGUUCUUCUUGCCCUUGAAAGGUAAAGAGCACCGGUACAGGUCCUACGAGGUCCUGGUCAUAAACAGGGACUACUACGCCCAGAAAAUCAGCAACGUCAAGUAUGCCAUCAACAACGCUGCCAUUUUCCGCCACCCGCCCGAGACCAUGACCAACUCCAGCACCACCAACAACGCGUGCAGGGCGGUGGUGAAGACGGUCACCCUCUCCAAGACCUCGCGGGUGGAGAGAACCUGGAACAUCGGCCACUCCACCAAGCUGGGCAUCACCACCACUAUCACCGCUGAGAUCCCCUUCACCGUCUCGGUGGGCGUCGAGCUCACAGCUGAGAAGACGAUGGAGUCCUCCCGGGGAACCACCAUGGUCGACCAGCUCAGCCGCUCUUUGACCGUGGAGCUCACCGUCCCACCCAACCAUUCCUGCAACGUCCGCAUGGAGGGACGCAAGAUGACGGCCGACAUCCCCUACACGGCCCGCCUCAGCCGGACCUACCGCGGCGGCAAGACCCGGUGGACGUCCAUCUCGGGGACGUACAAAGGAGUCCAGAUGGGGGAGGUCCGGGCCGUGGUGGACCCCUGUGAGCCCGUGGCCGGCGCCAAACCUUGCCCCUGAAAGAUUGAUGGAGGAUGGACCAGAACGUUUCUGCAUCUUUGAAUAUCAAAGUAAAUUACAUCACAAUAAAUAAAGAUGCUGCGCGUUGUGGAACAUAUAACCUGCUAUAUUAACCUGCCAUAAUAACUUGCUUACAUUAAUGCUAUGAAAAUCUGCUUUAGCUAGAAUGUAGACUUACAGAGACAUAUUAGGAAAUUAUAUUUGACCUCUGGUUAAUGUGGGAAUAUAAUGGGACUAUAAUCAUAAACAAUUAUUGCAAAGCUUAAUCAAUUAUUGCAAAGCAUAAACAAUUAUUGCAAAGCAUAGUGCAGAGUGCAGACUUCUGCAAGAAGGGCGAGGGCCGGAUAUGUGUGCGUGGCAUGAAUAGGUGUGUGCAGAGUUCAAGUAUCGGGGUGCAAGGAAGUUCAGCUGGGUGAAAAGUGCAGCACACUCAAAGAUAAACAACAGCCCCAUAUUUGGAGUGAAGACCUGUCUGAACAGGAAAAGCAGAAGUGAGAUCAGACAGACAGAAGUGUGAAAAAGAGGAAAUGCUUUGUAACUAAUGAAACCAUGUUCGUGUGUAUGCAGGUCAAAUGACCAAAAUAACCAUGUUUGUGCGCUUCAAUAAAUACAGCCUGCUUAUAGCAGAGCGGCAGAGUUUCAGCAGAACGGAGACCGACCACGGGCUCUGUAAAGCUGGGCUCUCCCUUUGCAAAGG